ACAAACCCACAAUAAAAAGAAUCCCACUGAACGAUACCUACUUCACUUCCACCGGUUCAUGCUCACCCCGAGUCCCCCCUCCACCCAAAGUCUACUCCCUUUCUGCAAUUCUUGCUGUUUUCCAUCUUCUUCUCCGCUUUACCAGCAAUUUUCAGUUGAAAUAUACAUAAACACUGACAGAUUCGAGAUAUGUUAAACGCCCCCUUCGUACUCUCCUUCACUCUGCUACUUACAGCACCGCUUUUGUUUCUCUUCUCCCCUCGAAGCCUCCCUCCCAAACGCCUCCUGAUUUCUCUCCCCAACAAGAUAGACGAUGCUUCACUUUUCCGGCGAGCAAUCCUCUCUUCAGUCCAACCUCGUCAACAUGUCUCCCGCCUUGGAACCACCUACGCAAAACCCAAAAUCGCCUUCCUAUUUCUCACCAAUACCGAUCUUCACUUUGCCCCUCUCUGGGAAAAGUUCUUUGAUGCUCGUAAAUAUAGGCAACGAGAUCUGUAUAAUAUUUACGUCCAUGCUUACCCAAAAUCGAACGUCAAAUCUCCCGGCGGUGUAUUCGAAAACCGCUUCAUCGCUGCUAAAAAAACGGAGAGAUCCUCUCCAACACUCAUUUCCGCCGCUCGCCGCCUCCUCGCCACCGCCAUACUCGACGACCCUUUAAAUUCCUACUUUGCCCUCGUCUCCCAAACGUGCAUCCCUUUACAUUCCUUUCGUUACAUGUACCAAACGCUCUUCCAACGACCCACCGAGUCGACCCGGGUUUCGACUCGACUUAGCUUCAUUGAAGUGUUAUCGGAGGAACCCCAACUGUGGGACCGAUACAUCGCUAGAGGCGAAAACGUCAUGCUGCCGGAGAUCCCUUUUGACAAAUUCAGGGUUGGAUCGCAGUUCUUCAUUUUGACUCGGGCUCACUCGUUGAUGGUGGUCAAGGACCGGAAAUUAUGGAAGAAAUUCCGGUUGCCAUGUUUAAACGUCGAUACUUGUUACCCGGAGGAGCAUUACUUUCCGACACUUCUGUCAAUGAAGGAUCCAAAACGAGUUAGUAAGCACACACUCACUCGGGUAAAUUGGACCGGCAGCGUGGAUGGGCACCCACAUACGUAUCACCCACCGGAUGUAUCUCCGGAGCUCAUCCAGACACUGAGGGUUUCAAAUUCGACAUUCUCAUACUUCUUUGCACGUAAGUUCUCCCCGGAUUGCUUGCCGGCGUUGAUGGAGAUGGCAGACGGCGUCAUUUUCCGGGACUGAUACCGGCCAAAGAGGUUGUGAAUGUGAUAUUGGAAAUUGGAAAGUAGGAAGGCGUCAUUUUCUGGAUAAAAGGAAUGGAUAUUUCAAUAAGGGCCUAAACGGGUCCAAUUAUAACCGAAAGCAAAGAAAAGCCCAAACUCGACCUCAAUUGUGUAUAAUACUAAUAGAACGAGUUUGUGGUUUUCAAGUGUUAUCGUUACUAGCUUUUAUGUAAUAUUUACUUUUGAAAAUAGGAUGAGUUACUUGGUAAAUGGUUUUCCUACUUGAAAUAUAUAUCAUAUCAUAAUCUCCAUUCCUGCGA